CGACCGUCAUGGCGACCACGAUGCGCGCGCUCGCGACGCGCGUCGUCGCGCCGCCGUCGUCGUCGAGCGCGUCGUCGCGCCGCCGUCGCGCGGUCGUCGCUCGCCGCGCUCGUCGCGUCGACGCCGCCCCGAUCGCGGUCGUCGCGUCUUCCGCAGCUUCCGACGCGCCCGAGGCGGACGCGUCCGUCCCCGAGGUCAGCACGUCGCGCCGCGUCGCGCUGACCGCGGCGGCGUCGUCGCCGUUCCUCCCGUCGCUCGCGUCGUUCCUCGCCGCGUCCGCGGCGUCCGUCGCGACCGCGGCGCCCGCGCUCGCGGCGCCCGCCGCGAGCGCGAAGAUCACGUCCAAAGUCUUCUUCGAUUUCGCCGUCGACGCCGUCCCCGCGGGAAGGGUCGUCUUCGGCGUGUACGGCGACGGCCCGAACCCGAUCUCCGCGGCGCGGUUCCUGACGCUCGCGAGAGGCCUCAACGGGCUCGGGUACAAGCGCACGCAGAUCGACGCGAUCGAGUACGCGGAAGAGGGCGGCGCGGACGUCCCGUUGUUCGUCGGCGACUGCGGCGUGCGCGCGUUCGUCAUCCCGGGAAGCACCACCCCGGUGGAGGGCCUCCCGGGGGGGAAUUCCGCGGAGGGCUUGCUCCCGGAGCUGAGCGCGAAGGCGCUGUCGCACGACCGCCGAGGCGUCGUGAGCCUGAUCGUCGAGCGCGGGUCGCCGCCGCCGCCGCCCAAGGAGAAGCUGGUGAGCAUGAAUGGAAAAUUCGUCACGGUGACGGACCCGCCGCCGCCGGGGCCGAACGGCACCGCGUUCACGGUCACCGUCGCGAGCGGCGCGGACGAGUUAUCGGAGGUGGCGGAGAUUCUCGACCGCACGAACGUCGUCGUCGGCGAGGUGGUGGAAGGGAUGGAGGUGUGGGACGCGAUCGCGGCGUUGCCGACGGUGAAGGAUAACUCGUCGUCGCCGUUUUUCGCCGUCGCCAAAACCAUCGGGGAUAAGGUGCGUUCUAUACACUGGUUCCCAUACGACCGCGUUGGCGUGGUGAACGCCGAUCCUUAA